AUGGCUCCCCACCAGGGCCUCGUCCACCCCAAAGAGUACGACAUCAAGGACUCCAAUGUCGAGCUCAUCGGCAGCGACAUCGACCAUCGCGUCAAGCACAAGUCGGCCGCCACCGAGCCCGCAUGGAACGACGGCCAUGUCGGCGCCCGUCCGGGCCUUCGCGUGUGGCGCAUCGAAGACUUCCAGGUCGUGCCGUGGCCCCAGGCGCGCCACGGCGAGUUCUACGACGGCGACAGCUACAUCGUCCUGCACUCGUACCGAGUCGGCAGUGCCGAUAGCAGUAAACUCGGCCACGACAUCUUCUUCUGGCUUGGCGCGCACACGACGCAGGACGAGGCCGGCACCGCGGCGUACAAGACGGUCGAGCUGGACGAGUUCCUGCAUGGCGCGGCGACGCAGCACCGUGAGGUGCAGAGCAGCCCGUCGAACGAGUUCCUGGCGCUGUUCCCGCGCGUGUCUAUCCGCAGGGGCGGCGUGCGGUCUGGGUUCCGGCACGUCGAGCAGGAUGGCGAGAAUGCAAAGGAGCCCAUCAGGACGUUGCUGCGCGUGUUUCGCCCCGGCGCCGCACCCAGCGUCGUGGUGCACGAGGUGGCCCCCACGUGGGAGAGCCUCGAUGACGGCGACGUCUUCGUGUUGGACACGGGCGAGAGCAAGAUCUGGGUGUGGCAGGGCGUGGGCUGCAACCCCAUGGAGAAGGCAAAGGCCGCACAGGUCGUACACGACAUGACACUCGCCAAGCACGUCGACGUUGAGGUCGUGGCGCAGGCCGAGUCGCGCUCGCGCCGCGUCGUCACUUUGCUCGGCGGCACCGACGAGACGCCCACGAGCGGCUUCAAGCAGCCGCGCCCCAUCGCCUCUGCCGGCACGCGCUCCGCCUCAUCCACAGCCGCCUCCUCCUCGCCCGCUCGGCCGAGACGGCUCUUCCGCCUCAGCGACGCUUCGGGCCAGCUGUCGUUCGACCUGGUCAAAGAUGGGGGCCGCAUCUCGACGGCGGACCUGGACGGCGACGACGUAUUCCUGCUCGACGACGCGGGCCGCACCGUGUGGGUGUGGGAGGGCAGCGGCGCGAGCCGCGAGGAGAAGUCGCGGUGGUUGGCCGUUGCGCAGGCGUACAUCCGGCACGUGCGCGACGAGGCUCAGGACGCGCACCUAGUGCCACUGGCCAAGGUGUCGCAGGGGAACGAGAGCCGGGCCUUCAUGAAGGCGAUUGAGGCGAACUAG